CGGCAACAGCAGCAUCUUCCCCACGCCCGGGCUGCCCACCCCUGCGGGGGGCAACGCCAGCGAGUGCGACUGCCACGAGUGGCACUACCGCAUCAGAGCCGGCCUUGUCCAAAACGUCGUCAGCAAGUGGGAUCUUGUUUGUGAUUCUGCCUGGAAAGUCCACAUUGCUAAAUUCUCCCUACUGGUAGGAUUAAUCUUUGGCCACUUAAUAACAGGAUGCAUAGCUGACUGGGUUGGUCGAAGGCCUGUACUGCUCUUCUCUGUCAUAUUCAUUUUGAUAUUUGGACUGACUGUGGCACUCUCAGUGAACGUGACCAUGUUCAGCACACUCAGGUUUUUUGAGGGGUUUUGCCUGGCUGGAAUAGUCCUCUCCCUGUACGCACUGCGGAUAGAACUCUGUCCUCCUGGGCACCGGUUCAUGAUCACCAUGGUGGCGAGCUUCAUCGAAAUGGCAGGGCAGUUCCUCAUGCCAGGGCUGGCUGCCCUCUGCAAGGACUGGCAGGUCCUCCAGGCAGUCAUCAUCUGUUUUGCUGCUUUACUGGGU